AUGGUUCGUAGAACGCCUUGCGAGGCUGGUCCCUCCUUUCAUGAUAUUCAGGUCGACAAGUCCCUUCAAAGGCUACAUAAAAGGAUUGCGACCGAGGCUUCCCCUGGAUUCGAACAGAAAUUCCAAUUUGUGGAAGGACUGAAGAGCAAAGCCGAGAGAAGAAGGACUAGAGCCUUCCUUACAAAACAACACUACCGGCGGAAGAGGUAUGAGGAGCUCGAAUCUGCAACUCAUUCCGAGGAUACUUCGAACAUUGCCGCUGGUGCAGGCGUGUCGACUUCGAAAAGCUCCAAUGCGCCGGCAAGUGGUGCUCAAAUUCCCAAGGACGAGGAGCGCGAGAUUGUCGAGACGCAUAUCAUGUUGCGUUCUCAUCGGGUGAGGACUUCUUUCAUUGACUACCUGGGCCGUGGGAGGGGUGACCCGUUUAAUUCUUAUCCGAUACUGGCUACGCGGGAUGUGCAUGAAUUGGUCGACCACUACUACUUUGUCAUACCAUCGCUCGUCCAUCGCCAUUGGCAUAGAGCCGUGCGCAAACCACGCUCGUGUUGGGACCUCUUCAACCUCUAUCGAAAGCAUGAAAUACCAUUUCUAUGCAUGCUGCAUCACGCCGCGCUCCACCUGGCGACACUAAAGGGCCAAAAAGAGUCUCUUCAAACGAUGGAAUUCAAGCAGCGCUCUUUGGAGGCUGUGAAUAGAAGUCUUCGGCUCCUCCAAGGUCCUUGUGAUGAAUGGACCAUAAUGGGCAUCGGUCUUCUCGCCAAUGCAGAACGUGUCUGGGGAGACCGUCAGGUAGCAAGACUACAUUGGGGAGCACUUAAGCGACUCUUGCUUGAGCGUGGAGGCUUCCCCGGUUUACAACACAAUCCACCGAUGCACACCAAGAUCGUCUGGAGUUUCAUAGCGCACUCUUGGCCGACAAUGGAUGGAAAUCCAGCUUACCUCGAUGAAACCUCAGAUUCGGUCGGCAUCUCGAUGGGAAAUCGGACCCAACUCUCCGGAUCUGCAUACGACCGGAGCUGCGAUGAAUUUGUUGAGUUUUUGAGUAGACGAAAGGCCCAAACACUGAAGGCCUUGCCCUCGACUGCUGAUCAACAUAAGGCUCUAAAAGACCAUCCAUUCCGGACGAGUUCAUUUCGAGCCGGGUCCGAGUUGUCCACCGCUCUGGAGAAUUUUGAGACAGGCUACAAUGACUUUGAAAAACGACGAGCUGUUGACAACUGCCGAAUGGCAUCGUUGAUCCUUCUGAACCUAAUCAUGGCAGAAUUGGGAGAUUUCUCGUCUCAGACAGAAAAGUAUCUGGCCACUCUACAGCAGAUCCUCGAGGACGAUGAUGACGAUAGCGACUUGAGUGCGGAACAUCUGCUUUGGACGUUACUUUCGAUGCCUACCGAUCAAGGCCACUAUGAUCGAGUAUGGAAAACGUCCCGACUCAUUGGCGUUGUCAAGCGAACGAGCUCUGCGAUGUGGUCAACCAUUGAGAACAUCUUACGCAAUUCAAUGCGACUGCCCGCAAAUGCCAAUGACCUUGGUAUUGUCCUCCAACAAUGGAGCCACGAACGCUUCUUGCUGGAAGCCAAGUCUCCUGUUGAUAUUCAUACGGAUCCAGCCAGAUGGCCUACUAAAACAAGUCUAGAAGCCGGUGUCAACCAAACGCUGUGCUCGACCCAUUGUAACAUAUGUCCGUUGAAGCCUGCCACAUAUUGA